AUGCUUGAUACAGAUGAUAAGCAGAAUACUCGCUUUGUUGACUCGGGGCCACAGGUAAAUAUCAUUUGCUCAGCCCCAGGGUUUGUGGUGCCUGAUCCAGACAGCGUCAAUAAAAAGGUUACCUCCAGUAAUACGAUCUUUAACUGGGGUGGUGUGAAGAUAGCGAAGAUAUCUCCUGAUAUUAUUGUGAAAUUCGGGUCCCAUGUCACAUCCAGCGAAGCGAAGAACAUGAUAUUUGUUGAUCAAAACACGGAAACCGUACCGGUACCAAAAGUCUUUGCUUGCUACUCUUAUGGCCCAAUACGUCGGGAUAUCGAAGACUACGGUAGUCUGUUCGAUACUUACAUAUUCAUGAGCUAUGUCAAGGGUCAGAGCCUUGAUAAAGUUUGGGGUACUUAUGAUGACGCUACAAAAAAUCAUAUUACUAGUCAACUGAAAGGGUACUUCAACCAGCUUCGCCAAAUAAGCGACGGGAACUACAUCGGUUCUGCUGGUCUUGGCCCCGUUACAGAUCCAAUUUUGGAAAGUCAUCACACAAAGGGGCCGUUUAAUUCCGAAGGAGAUUUCAAUAACGCAAUCAUCGAGGCAUAUCAAUCAAAGGCACCAAAACGUCACAUCAGGGGCUUCUUGGCUGGCAUGCUUUCACAAAAGUGUCACAAAAUUGUGUUCACCCAUGGAGAUCUACGCCUUCAGAAUAUCAUGGUCCAUGAUGGAUAUGUCAGUGGGAUUUUGGACUGGGAAUUUAGUGGCUGGUAUCCAGAAUACUGGGAGUUCUCAAAAGCUCUUAAUGUUUGGAAGUGGCAAAAUGAUUGGAUUGACUACCUGGUACAGGUUCUUGAACCCUACUAUUCCGAAUAUGCGGUCCACUCGUUCUUGACUGAAACACUUUGGUGA